UCAUUGUCAGAUUGUCAGCUGUCAUUGUCAACUUUUAUAACGUGUAUUUUAUAGGUUAAGAAUUAUAAAAUCAAUGUUUAUUUAGAUAUUAAUUUAAAACAAAUUAAACUAAGAUGCCGAAAACAAAGCCGAGUUUAGACAAACUGAAGCAUCCAAAUAGCAGAAAAACAAUAUCACUCGCUAAGAAAAUGAUUAAAAGUGAAAAGAAGAACCAUAAUAAACUUGGUACACAUAUAAAAAAUAAUUUAAUCGGUGAAAAGAUAAUGUGGUUUAAGGAAAGAGUGCCUCUGGAUUGUACCAUUUUAAAUAAAGAACAAACUUUCGACUUAAUACAGACUUACCUUUCACGAUUUGACGACGAACUGGAACAAAUAGCUAUUAAAAACUCAGUGGGUCAAAGAAAAAGUCGCCAACACGCGAGUAGAGAAGAUAUUAUAAAGAUAACUAAAGAACGCGAAACGGACGAAUUCCAAAAUUGUGGCCUGGAAAUGCCAGAUUUAAUGAAUCAACAACAAAUGGAGGUCCUAAAAAAUUGGAAUGGUGAAUUGCGAUUUCUGCAACACUUCAAAUUAAAAAGGAUAUCAAGGAAAAUGUUGCAAGAAUGAUACUAUUAUUAUAUUAUGAUAAUCAA